UAUCACCCGGACGUGUCCCAAGCCUCAGGUUCGGCCCGAGCCUUCCAGGCUAUAGUGGCGGCGUACGAGGUGUUGUCAGACGACCAACAGCGGCGCCUCUACGACCUUAGCGUCCAGCGCGCUGCAACUUCUGUUCGCACUGCUGCGAGUCGCGCGGCUGCUGGUCGCGGUGCUACAGUUGCUCGCGGCGCGUCUGUUCGUGUUGCUGGUGCUCCCAAUCGCAGCUCCCCGCGGCAUUGGUCGUCCGUGUCAUCUGCCACGUCAGCACACGGAUCAUCUGCCAGCUUAGACCCAUUCGACAGGGCGUUCUCAGCCUCGGUCCGGCCCUCCGUCGAGCCUGGCCCAGGUUCGGCCCAAGCCUCAACCUCAGAGUGCCCGAUCUUCUCGGCGUGGUACCUGCGGUGGCUGUUCCACGCGCGGUGGGCGCUGGCAGUGCAGCAGCGCGCACGGCGUGUUGCGGCGUUCAAAACCAGGAGCAGCAGCGGCAUGAGCCCCUCGUAUGCCGCUACGGGAAUGAGCAGGGGAGCAUGGCGUGGUGAGCAUGAGGCACACGAGGAGGAGCAGAGGCAUGGGGGGGGAGAGAGGAAGUGGGGACACGCUCAAGGAGACGAGCUGGACUGGCGUACAGGGGAUGGUGCAGGGCAGGAGGCAGGCAGGAGCAGAUGGAAGGGAGCGGAGCAGGCUGGAUCAGAUGGGUUGCUGGAACAGGGGGGACUGUUGGAGGGAGAUGAGUGCAGUUCUGGAAGAGGAGGUGUUGCUGCUGCUGCUGCUGCUGCUGCCAGUGGGGGUGGUGGUGUUGCAGCAGCAGCUGGGGGCGGUUCAGGAGGAGUGGAGCAAGGGGCAACCUUGGCAGGAGAAAAGAGAGGGGCGGAGAGGGGCGGAGAGGGCAGAGAGGGCGGAGAGGGCGGAGAGGGCAACAUGGGGGAGGACGACGGCUCUCCGUCAAUCGCGGCGGAAUUUGAGGGCUACGCGCGGGUUCUAGACGAGAUAAACGAGCGGAGGGAGAGACUGGUGAAAGCGAGCCGGGACGUGACAAUACAGAGCAAGAAGAUCAUAUUCGCCAUCCACAGAGCCACAAGUCCGCGCGCCCUGGCAGCAGCCGCGCAGCAGCUGGCCUCCCUACGAGCACACCACAUCGCUCAAGUGGCGCGGGAAUUGCGAGCAGAGGACUACUGGCGCUUCACACGCGCGUACACGUGGGGGUUGCAAGAGUAUGUGGAGGCGGCAUCGUUCCUGCACUUCCGCCAAACUGGGCGCCUGCUGACCCUCGCCCAGGUGAACGGUGCGUUUGAAGGCAUUCUGGACCGCGAUGGCCGAGCCUUCCACGUGCAUGCUGCUGACUAUGUGCUGGGGCUCGCUGAUUUGACCGGAGAAGUCAUGAGGCUAGCUGUGUCAAGCCGUGCAGCUGCUGCUGCUGACGGUGGUGGUGGCGCUGCUGCUGAUAACGCGGGUGGUGGUGAUGGUGGUGCGGGCUCCACUGGAAAAGGGACCAGCAGGCGAGGGAAGAGGCAACGGGAACAACCAGAGGCUCAAGCAAAGGCUUCAGGUGCCGAGCCUGCGGCUGCCUCCGAACCUGUUGCCGCGGCCGAGCCUGAAGCAGAGGCUGGAGAGGGGAGAGGGGAAUUGGUGGUGGAUGCAGAUGCGUGUCGGUUGUUCGUGCAGAGGCUGUAUGCAGGGUUCAGCCUGCUGCCUAGGAGCAGCGAGCUGGGUAAGGAGAUGGGGAAGAAGAUGGACGUGAUGCUGGCGAGCCUCAACAAGAUUGAGAACGUGUCGUACACUCGCUUUGUGCGAGGGUCAGAGUAUCCAGAAGAUCUGCUGCAGCUGGGAUUGGAGGGGAGGGAGGCAGGAGGAGUAGAGGGGGAGUGA